AUGAACUCGUUACAGUAUGUAUCAGCCGUGACAGAGAUCAAAGUCGGUGUGUUACUAAUGACAGAAGCGGUAGAACCGUUCGAUUUGCGCCGCGUCAAACCUGCUUUAGACAUCGCAUUUGAAUUCUCAGAAAGCUAUUAUGGAAUAAAAUAUAAUCCAAUUACGUUGAAUUAUACAGGGUUUUGUCCAAAGCAGUCUUCCAUUGGACACUUUUCAGAACUCUACUACGAACAUAAUGUUCAUGCAGUUAUAGGACCCGCCUGUUCGGAAACCAUCUUAUCCAUAGGUAGACUUGCACAGUACUUGCAUACUCCGAUGGUUAGUGGUGUCGGCGACCUCAUCAUUCGGAGUCCUUCAGACAUGUACACGACUUUUACAAGGAUGUCAUACAAUCUUGGGAAGUUUUCAACUUCCGUGAUGUCUUUGAUGAGCAAAUACGGAUGGAGACAUAUCUCCAUCAUCUAUGACGUGGAAUAUAUCUUUUUUGAGCUGGCAGGUGUCAAUCUAGUCAGGGAUUUCGUUAACCACGCCUCCUGGCCACGCCCCCUCGACUUACAGUUUGGAUCAUCCAAACUUAGCGAUCCGGGAACUUUACUGACGACGGCAAGUCGACAAUCAAGGGUUUUUGUGAUUUUCUGUAACGCGGAGCUGUUCCGAGAUUUUAUGUACCGGGCCUACCAGUUGGGAAUGGCAGAUGGGGGUUACGUCUUCCUUACCAUGGAACUUUUUCCUAGCGAUUGGCUUGGUGAUUACAAAGAUGUAGGCGUAACUCGGGCAUACGAGUCCGCCCUGGUUUUCACACUACAUCUCCCAAAAAGUGGCAAAUACCUUAAUUUCGCCUCCGAAGUGAAAUUGCGGGCAAGUCGAGAUUAUGGCUUUGACUUCGGCGACGAAACGGUAAACUAUUUUAUUACGGCAUUUCACGACGGUGUUUUAUACCUGUCCGAAGCUUUCAACCGAACGCUGGCUGACGGACAAAACAUAACGGACGGUCUGAAGGUCUCCCAGAAAUUAUGGAACAACACAUAUUCGGGUAUUUCUGGAACAAUUGCCAUUGAUGAAAUGGGUGACAGAAUUGCUGAUUUUGACUUUCUAGAUAUGACGGAUCCUGUUUCAAAAAGCUUCAAUAUCGUUGGGGCGUUUAGGGGUUUUACCCAAAAAUACGAGGCCGUUGCUGGGAUCGAAAUUCUUUGGCCGAACGGAUUGCCUGUUGACAUCCCCGUGUGUGGGUUUGAAAAUGAACUUUGUAUCUCAGCUGAAAGCGAUGACUCCAAGUUGGUUCUUCCGUUGACUCUAUCAUUAGGAGGGGUGCUUUUAAAACUUAAAUUUGAAAUGGAAAGUGUAAAAACGCCGUGGUUGGUUACAUGGGUCGACGUGGUUUUGUCCAAAGCAGAUAGGAGAGGAGGAUCAUUUCUAUCGAAGUCAAGGCUCUCUAUGGCUUCUGCGGUAAGAACGAAAACAACAGAUGUUUCCCAUCAACAGCUGUUUACUUCGGUUGGGAAUUGUAUGGGGAACGUCGUUGCCAUAAGGAAAUUGUCUAUCCCAACCGUGGAGCUCAACAAGACAACAUUACUGGAAUUCCACAAGUUAUACAGUGUGCAGCACCAGAACCUAGUCCGAUUCGUCGGAGCAUGCUUGGAGCCUGAGAAUUGUGCUAUACUUAUGGAGUACUGCUCUAGAGGCAGUCUGCAGGACAUUAUAGAAAAUGAUGACAUCAACCUCGAUUGGACGUUUAGAUAUUCUCUCAUCUGGGACAUUCUUAAGGGAAUGCAGUACAUCGAAAACAGUCCACUAAAAUACCAUGGCCGACUGAGCAGUACCAACUGUGUGAUUGACAGUCGGUUUAUGUUGAAGUUGACAGAUUUUGGCAUCCCUAGUGUAUAUUUCGCAGAACGCCAAGCUGUCCUUAAAAACCAGGACAUAAAUUACUACAAGCUGUUGUGGACUGCUCCAGAAAUUCUCAGAGAAGAUGCAGCCAAACUGAACAGUCUCGGCCAACAUGUAUACCAGAAGGGGGAUGUAUACGGAUUCGGUAUUAUUCUACAGGAAAUUGCCACGAGAAGUACACCGUACAGUGAUAUGAACUUAAACGCAGAUGAUAUCAUACAUCGAGUGAUAACCGUGUCAACAAUCCCAUUCCGGCCUAAUGUUUCUGGGACUGACUGCAGUAAUGAACUGCUGAAACUGAUAGAGAUAUGCUGGGACGAAACAGCAAACGAUCGACCGACGUUUGAUGGUAUAGCAUUAGGAUUUAAAAAGAUCAAUUCUGCAAACUCAAGUAAUAUCAUGAACAACCUGCUGAAACGCAUGGAGCAAUACGCGGAUAAUCUAGAGAGUCUGGUACAGGAGCGGACUGACGCCUACCUCGAGGAGAAGAAAAAGGCAGUAGAACUGCUUCAUAGACUUUUGCCAGCGUCUGUGGCUGACCAGCUCGAGGCCGGUAAGAACGUACUUCCCGAGACCUACGACUGUGUAACCAUUUACUUCAGUGAUAUUGUUGGCUUCACAAAUAUAGCAUCCGACAGCACCCCGAUGCAGGUUAUAACAUUGCUAAAUGAGCUGUACACACACUUUGACAGGGUAAUUGAUAAAUUGGAUGUUUACAAGGUCGAAACGAUAGGAGACGCAUAUAUGGUAGUGUCAGGAUUACCUACGAGGAACGGCAAUCUGCAUGCAAUUAAUAUUGCAAAGAUGGCGCUUGAAAUCCGGCAAACUGUCAAGACCUUCACAAUCAAACACCUUCCAGAUACUAGUCUGAAUAUACGGAUCGGCCUUCACUCAGGGUCGGUUGUGGCUGGAGUAGUUGGACUGACCAUGCCUCGGUACUGUCUGUUUGGGGAUACCGUCAAUACAGCGUCACGUAUGGAGUCUACGUCAGAAGCGAUGUGCAUUCAAAUAUCCUCUUCGACCCGAAAAAUUCUGGAAACCUUCAACGAAUACGAAAUAGAUGAAAGAGGAGAGGUCGAAAUCAAGGGGAAGGGACUGAUGCGAACGUCUUGGCUGAUCGGUACAAAAGAAGCGGACGAAGAAAUUGCCUUUCCAGAUCCUGAUACUUUAGCGAAAUAAACACUAAAAAGGUGCUCUGCGGAAAGGGAUGAUACUCAAGAGACUGUAAUACUUGUUUGAGAUGAACCCUGAACGUGUAUUUCGUUAUCUGAAUUGAUGUAAUAAAUGAAACUGUAGUAUUCGAAAAUCUCUCUUUUCCGU